AUGCAUUUAACGAUUCCUAUACUUCUCUCUGUGGCCAUGGCACUUGGUUACGCUGUUCCUGCUAGUAGCUUGCAGGCUCGGGAUAUCUUGGCGAACGAAUUGUCGCAGUUCAAGUUCUGGGCCCAAUAUGCUGCCGCUGCCUACUGCGAGGAAAAUUACAUAGGCCAAACCGGCUCUAAAUUAACCUGCUGGGCUGAAAACUGCCCUCUAGUUGAAUCUGCGGACGCAACAAUUGUUUAUGACUUUUCUAAUAUUACUAUUACCGAUACAUCCGGAUUCGUGGCGCUAGACAAAACCACCAAAGCAGUUAUAUUAUCCUUCCGCGGUUCAUACUCCGUUCGUAAUUGGAUCAGCGAUGUCACCUUUCCACAUAUUGCACUCAAUCUCUGUGACGGCUGUUUUGCAGAACUCGGGUUUUGGAGUUCAUGGGAGGUAGUGCGGAACCCCGUUUCAGCGGUCAUUAACGAAACACUGAGUAUGUAUCCGGACUUUGAGCUUGUCGUUGUAGGACAUAGUCUCGGUGCCGCUGUGGCAACCCUUGCAGCGACCGAUCUCCGCAGCAAGGGGCAUACUUCAGCUGCGUUGUACGCCUUCGCCGCACCACGGGUAGCAAAUCCAGCAUUAGCACAGCAUAUUACUAUGCAGGGAAACAACUACCGGUUCACACAUACCAGCGACCCAGUUCCGAAAUUACCACUACUAUCUAUGGGAUAUGUGCACGUGAGUCCGGAGUAUUAUAUUACAUCACCGAACAACGCUACUGUUUCGGUGGAGGAUGUUGAGGUAUUGAAAGGCGAGGUCAAUUUUGAGGGGAAUACUGGCACCGGUUUACCAUCAUUGGAGGAUGUUUCAGAUCAUCAUUGGUAUUUUGAGAGGACGGAUGGAUGUAUAGCGCCUGGCUUGCCUUUCCGAGCGUAG